AUGAAGGAAGACAUCGUGAGCAAAGAUCACCAUGAAAUCGACAACGCUCGCUACGACAGCUCGUUCCAAGCGAACGGGAGACGACAUCAGAAGGCAAGUGCAUAUGAUGAAGAAAGUACCAGCAGUCUGGAUGUAGACCAAGGCAGGGUGGUACAUACCCAGGCUGGGUCUCAACGGGAGAGGAACAGCGAGGGGGAGAAAAUUUCCAACGACGGUGGAGUGCUAAAGCAUACUAAAUCUAUCUCGGAGUCUCAUGAUGAGAGCCAGAGCUCUCAGGACUCAAGCAGACAGUCCAGUUACUUUGCCCAGGCUACCAGCAACGUUGGGGAUGGUCAUCAAGCACCAAUAGUCCGCCCGUUACCCAUCAGACAUUCCGGCCUUACCCAUCUACCCAACCACCACCAUCACGACGGUAAUCUACGAAACGGAAACGAAUUUUACCAUGACAACCACGCCCAUUAUGGACAUUCCAGUGAUGCGAAUGGAAACUUCGGUCAUAAUGGAUGGUACGGUAACGGCUACGUGAGUCAUAAUCCUAAUGGGUGGUUCAGACGAUACAUUCCUCAAUCUGGAGUCCAUCCUCACCGUCACUUUGGAUAUCAACCCGUGCCUGGAUACCAGGCUGUAAGCAACGACCAUUUUAAUAGAUUCCAUAACUAUGAAAUUGGAAACCCUAGUUUGGAUGCUAGAAAUCAAGUAAAGUAUGUGCCAGCUAACGGACAUUAUGGAGGCAGUUCUGGUCAUUCAAAACCUGGUUUAGAUGAAGUGCUUAACGCUUUAGGUUAUAAUCAUAAAAAGGAUAAACAUGAUGUUCCUGAUAAAAUCAAUCACGGCAUGGCUCCUGAUCCAAAUGAUAAUCAAAAUGACGGAACCAAAGUAAACUUUGUCAAUGGUAAUGACGAAACUAAUACCGCUAAAGACGUACCUAUAGCUGGAAAUAUUCCUGAACUUGGAACUCCAGAGCACCCAGUAGGUGGUAUUGACCACGUUUUAAGUGCUAUAGAUUACGCACGAGGUCCGAAAAAGCCAGUGAAUUAUGAAACUGACACUGUACAAUACGUACCAGCUAUAGUGCCAGAGUAUAUUAAUAGGCCAGUAAACUACGAUGGUAUUGGUAUAGAAGUGCCCGAUUCUGGAAUAUUAAUUCCAGAGGAUUCGGAAGAAUAUAUUCCAAAUGUGUAUGGAAUUUCACCUGUACGUUACAUUCCAGUCGCUGAAAACAUACCUGAAUAUGUGAUUCCUAAGCAAAGAAUACGGUACUACGAGAACGCUGUCCCAUACGUCGGUUCUCCAGUUGUGAUCCCUGAAGAAACAGCUUUUACAAAUGAAAGAUUUGUACCAGAACCUACUGGGUUUAAUGGAUAUGUCAAACCUUAUAAAGGUGAAUUCCAUCCAGAACCGACCUUCAUACCAGAGGUUUCAUACAGUCCAACAUAUGAUAAUAACUCUAACAAAAAGAAGCAUGACGUCAUUGAAGAUACUGUUAUUGAAAAAGAUGGUAGGUCUAUUAACGAUGAUGACAUUAUCAUUGACAGAACAUUUAUUACAAAGGAAAGCACUGAAAACUCACAAGAAACUAACAAAAGAUCUAAACAGAGCACUACCACAAUUGUAAAUAGAACUGGAAAGAAGAACGUUGAUGUCACACCUUUAGACGAUGAUGAUAAUGAUAGUUCUGAUGAUGUUCUUGUUAAGAAACCUGUUCCCAUCACUAAACCUGUUGAAGAUAAUAAAAAUCAUGACAAAGAACCUAAAACUCCGAUACCUGUAGAUAAAGUAACUAACAAAAUCAAGAAACUACCAGUAUCAAGGAGGAUACCGAUUCAGAAAAACAUUUAUCCACCAAGAAAUGUAAUUCACAAGAAAAUUGAUGCAGCUCCAACGGCAAUUGACAAAUUUUCGGAUGCGCCUAACAAACCUGGUGCUGACAAAAUUGUUGAACAAUCAGAAAAUGACGUUAUAAAUCAAAAUAGUGACUUACCAUACGUUGUUGAAACGAAACCUGUAGAUGAUAGUACAAAACCGAAAACCACUGAUGAUACGGAUAACCCCACUGAUUUGGUAAAACCCACACCAGUAGUCAAAGGAAUUCCUGAAAAGAAGAAAACCCAUAUCAUCAGAACUCCUUCAGGAGUAAUUCUUCAUGCUCAUGAUAUACCUAUAGAUGAAGACUUAACUCCAAAACCCGCUGUAAAAGAUGGCAACAAAGACAAGAUAGUUAAAAGAAAACCAAUUACAAAGCCAUACAUCUAUACACCGAAAAAAGAUAAAGAUGUAGAUCAAAAUGUUCAUGGAUAUAACCCAGCUCAAGAAGAAAGAGACGCAACUACAGCUAAAGAUGAGAAAGUAAAUCCUACUACUCAAAAACCUAUUCCACAAAUCGGUAAACCUAUUCCAAGAAUUCCUAGAAUUCCUAAAGUACCAGGUGAGUACAUUGAUAAAACCAGACAGCCGAAAAAACUUGAUGAUGUAAAACCUGUUGAAGAUAUAAACCAAAAACCUUUACCUAAAGAACCAGCUACUACCAUUGCUCCUAAGACUACCACUAAUAAGGAAGAUGAUACACCUGCCAUAAAACCAACACCCAAAACUAUUAAAGAUUCUGAAUCGCAAAACGACAGCCAAGAUAACGAUGAAGAUGACGAAUAUUAUAAAAUAAUAAAAUCAUAUACCGAAGAAGAAGAAGAAGAAAGUAGCAGUAGUCAAAAUAGUAGAACUGAAACUAGAAUCAAAAGGAUUUUGGGACAUAAGAACCGUAAACCUGGGGAUUUGAGUGACGAUAAUGAGACCGACAGACCAGAAAAUGACAGAUCAGCUACCCGUGAACAAACUACAAAGAAACCACGCAAGAAAUUUACUUUCAAAGUUGUUGGUGAAAGCAAUGAUGAAUCUGAGGAUAGCGAUGAUGAAGAAGAUUAUUUAGAAAAUAAUAAAAACGCUCCAUCUACUGAAACCCCAAACAAGAAUCAACCGAUAAAGCCUGUUAUUGAAAACAAGAAAAAUAAUCAAAAACCUAACGUACUAGAUAACAGUACUGACAAAAACAUUGACAAGAGUACCGUUACAACUGAAAAGACCAUUGGACUGACUACUACCACAAAGAAACCAGAUGUUACAGAGAAAUCGCCAGUCAAAAACGUUGAUAAAGUACAAGAUAAAAAGCCUAUAAAAGGUAUCAAUACUCCCAAUGAAAAGAAAAGUGAAGACACAACUCCUAAACCUGACUCUAAAGAAAUAAAACACGAUAAUAAACCCUCUAUUAUUAGGAAGAAACCAAUUAAAGAUGUAAAACCGAAAAAAGAUGAAGAUUCAGAUGACGAUGAAGAAUUCGUGUCUAUAACAACAGAAGAUUCUGAAGAUUCAACAGUAAAUAACAAACAACAUAGGACUACAACUGAAACUGAAGACAUUAUAAGGAAAGGUCAGAAAAAACCAGUAAAGCAACCAAACAAAGCCAUACCAGAAUCUAACGAUAGUGACGAGGAAACACCAAAUAGUAAAACUGCUGAGAAACCAAGCCCAAACAACAAAGACGGUAGUAACAAACCAGUUACUGAAAAAUCCGCCAACGGAAACAAACCAAACUCAGGAAACAAAGACGAAUUACCAGAAAACAAAACUCCCAUCAGUGUCAAAAAGCCAGAUACUAAUAACCCACAAAACGACAAACAACGAAAUAAACCUGGUAUUGGUAAUACUGAUAAACCAGUUACCACAACUGAUAGCUCUGAAACGAAUGAUAAAACUCCUAAAAAUGGACCAGGAACUGAAAAGCCGGAACCUAAAUCGGGUACAACAGACAAACCAACAACUGAAGUUAAUAAAGACAAAAAACCAAGCGCUAAUUCUCCCGACUCUGACCAAACACCAAACAUUGAAAAGGACAAACCUAAUACAUCAACGAAGAAGCCAGAACCAGUUAAUACGGGUAACCAAAAACCAACUAUAAAAGAAGAAAAACCUACACGAAAAGUGCCUAUGCCAAUUAUCAAACCAAUCAGAAAAAUACCUGUUACAAUCAAUGUAGAUAAACCAAUAAGAAAAGUGCCUGUCAGACCAGAUUUAAUCAAACCACCAGUAAGUCGUCCAAUAGAUGAUGAACCAAGUUUUGAAGAAUGUGAUAGCAUCGAAGAUUGGGAAAACGAGGAAAACAGUAAAAGUAAUGAAAAAGAUACCACUACUGAUAAAACGAAGAAACCAGUUACUGAAAAUGAGGACAAUGAAAAAGCACCAGAUUCCAAAAAGGUAACUCCAAAACCAAACAGUAGUACUACAACUGAAAAGAUUGAUAUAACCAAGAAAACACCUUCAACGGAAUCUAGUAAAGUACCAAACACUACAGAAACACCUAAAGAUAAACAACCAGACUCUAAAGAUAAACCAAAAGAUCAAAAACCAGAAACUAGUAAUUCUGCUAAAGACAAGAAACCGAGCACUGACAAUGAUAAAAAUUCAAAAGUAAAUGAUAAUAAAGACAAUAAACCAAAGACCACAACUGAAAAACAAACAAAUAGUCCAGCUGUAACAAACACUACACCGGCUACGGUAACUACAGAAAAAUCUGCGAAUACCGAAAAACCUAAACGUUUCAGAGAUUGCGAUUACUUCGGUGAUGUUGACUGUGAAGAUUAUGAUGACGACGAUGAUGAUGAGGACAGCAAAACUACAGCAAAUACUACUGAGUAUCCUGAAAAAGAUGUUGACAUUGAAUCGAAGAAGAUUGAUGAAGAUGUUAGUACUGAAGACUCAGACGAAGAUAUACAGGAAGGCAGCAAAAAACCAAAUCAAGAAGAAAAAUCAGAUGCUAAAAAUACUGGCAAAAAUAAACCUGAUGACAAAUCUACUGCGACUACUGUUAAGCCAGACACUGUAACUACUGAAAUGAAUAAAACGCCCAAUGAAAAUUCUUCUGAAAAUAAAGACAAGCCGAUUGAAAACCAGAAACCUAUAGAUAACAUUAAGAAACCCAUUGGCAGUAACGAUAAACCAUCUGAUAACGACAAGAAACCAAAUGAAGGUAAACCUAAUGAAAAUGGUGAAAAACCAACAAACAAUACUGAUAAAACAAUUGAAAAUAAGAAGCCUACUAAGGAUGACAAGAAACCAUCUGAAAAUAAGGAUAAACCAAAUGACAGCGGUCAAACACCAUCUGAUAAUACUAAGAAACCAAAUGGAAACGAGAAACCUUCUGAAGAUGAUAAGAAACCAUCGGAAAAUAAUGACAAACCAAAUGAAAAUGGUAAAAAACCAGAUAAGACUAAUGGCAAUUCAAAUGACAGUACUAAUAAACCAACUGCUAAUAAAAGUCCAGAAAAGAAACCGGGUGAAGGCAACCAGAAACCGUCUGAAAAUAAUAACAAACCUUCUGACAAUACUGAAAAACCAAAUGUUAAUAUCACUGAAAAACCAUCUGCACAAAUACCAGAUGAUGAGAGUGUUGAAGACCAAAACUCACCAGAUGAUGGCAUUGAUUCUGAAGAUAUUGUAGAAAUCGAAGAAGAAUCAUUUGAAGAAGAUGAAGUCGAAACAGACUCCGAACGCGUAGAAACAACUACUGAAAAGAAACCAGUCAAUGAUGAGAACACUGACAAACCGAAACCUAAAAUCGACGAUUGUGACUAUUUCGGUGAUGUAGACUGUGAAGAUUAUAAUGACGAUAACAAUGAAACUAUGACUUAUAAAAAUACUGAAGAAGACGACACAACCAAAGCAAAUGACACUAAGAAAAAACCUGAACCCAACAACAAUGCCAAUAAACCGGUCACUCAGCAACCAGAAUCGAAGAAACCUAGCGACAAUAAAAAGCCAGAUGCUAAUGCCAAAAAGCCAAAGGACAAUAAAGAUACUGAAAAACCGAAGUCGGAUAAGAAACCAGACACACAAGUUGUUGAUAAUAAAGAUACUACUAAAAAACCAAAAACAGAUACUGAUAAGACUAAUGACAAAAGUACAGGCGUUAAAAAACCAACAGAAAACAAAGAACCGGACACUAAAAAUGUCGAUAAGAAGCCAAAAACGGAUACUGAUGAAAGUAACGAUGGUAAACCAGAAGCUAAAGAUGCAAAAGAUACUGACCAACCAGAUGCCAAACCAAAUACAGAUAUUGACAAAAAUCCAAAAUCCAAAAGCAUCAAUCAAGAUGAAAAGGGCACUACUGAGAAGCCAGAAAAGGCGACUGACAAGAAACCAGAUAAUAAAACUACUGACAAGCAACCAGUUACUGAAAAUACUGACGAGAAACCAGAUACAAAAACUACUGAUAAGGAUGGAAAUAAAAGCAAAACGCCAAACACGGAAGAUUCUGGUAGAGACAAAAAGCCAGAGAAUAAAGAGAAGCCACCAGUGGAACAGAAUCCUGAUAAAGAUGUUGAUGUUGCAAAAAAACCAGAAACGAAAACCACUGAUAAUAAUAAGAACAAUGAACCCGAACCUGGAAAUAAUGAUAAAAAGCCAAAUUCUCAAACACCAAACAAUCAAAAUACUAAUAAAAUACCAGACACCCAGCCCAAAAACGGUGAUAAAAAUCCGGUUUCUGAUAAUAAACCAAAUGAUAAGAAACCUAUCGAAGCAAAUACUGACAAAAAACCUGACCGUGAGAACAUUGAUAAAAAACCAGACAGUAAUGACACUGGCAACAAAACUCCCGAUACUAAACCUAAGACUAAUGAGAAAACACCAGAUUCUAAAACGACUGGCAAAGACAAGAAACCAGACAAAGAUAAUAACGAUACUAAUAAAAAACCAAUUGAUAAACCCACUAACAAUAAUGAAAAACCCGAUUCUAAAGACACUGUCAAACCAAACAACAAACCAACUGAAACUGACAAAAACCCAGCCCCAGCGACUAAAAACCCAGAAUCUAAAACCACUGACCAAAAUACUGACAAAAAACCAUCAGACAAACCUAUUACUAACAAUGACAAACCAGUGACUAAAACUACAACUCCUGACCAACCUAAGGAUACGAAGACCCCUGACAAUGAUAAGGAUAAAAAACCUAAAGACGCUAAGACAAUUGAUGAUGAAAAACCACCUACUGAUAGUGAUAAACCCAUAAUUGAUGACAAAGACAAUGCCGACAAAGCUAAAGCUGGAAAAGACAAAGUAAAAGACACUAAAGAUCAAACUCAAGACACAGACCUAACAAUCCAACGCAAAGUAGUUAACAGCAUGGAUGAAGUUUUAAAAUACAAAAACCGUGAAGGCUUCACAUUCAAAGCUUGCGAUGAAGUUGAGAACAGCGAUGAAUCCUCAUCUAAAAAUAAAAAUAAACAAAUAAAACUAACUAAAUUCAUAAGAACUAAAAAGCAUGUCAAUAAAAAACCUAAUGCUGAUGACAAAGACCUUACCGAAAGACCAGAAAUAGACAAAAGACCGACAAAAAUACCUAUAUACAGAAGGAAUGGCCCGAAAGACACCAAAUUAAGUCCAAAUUCUGAUAAAACUCAACAAAUAUGGCUCACAGAAGGAAACAGAAUAGUAUUAAGAAGAAACGUUGAAGAUAUACAAGAAAAAGAAUUAAGAUGUUUCGAGGAAAUCUUCCGUUCUGAUGGAACUGUACCUUUGGAUGAAGAAGUAAUAGCUAAUACUGAUGAUUCUGAUGUUAUAGAAGAAGAAAGUGAUGUUGAAGAUUCUGUAGAUAGAGCGCCUUUAGAAGACAUUCCUGAUGAUGAUGAAUCAGACGGCAUCGUACCUUUGGAAGAAGAACUAAAUAAUAAUGAAGGAUCUUCGAACAAUGAUGAAGGAUCUUCGAACAAUGAUGAAGGAUCUUCGAACAAUGAUGAAGGAUCUUCGAACAAUGAUGAAGGAAGCGAUGGUAGUGAAUCUAAUUCAGAAGGUAAUGAAGAAGAGUCUUCUGAUGCUGGAUCAACAGAAGCUUCUGGUCUAACUCCUGUUCAACAGAGGAUUGCGAGUCGAAAAAUAAUGCGUUUUAGAAAAUCUUAA